AUGAGGACGCUCCUCGCGGACGGUAAGAGUCUGUUCGACCUCGACGCAAGGGGAGACUCGCAGGCGAUGCUCGAGGCGCGGGAGGACGAGCACCCGGUGAUCGAGGUGCUCAGGAAAAGGGUCAAGGCGGGAACGAAGCCUGGGUCUCACGGGGACGGGCUAAAGGUCGGGCUGGCCAUCGAGGGCGGGGGUAUGCGGGGCUGCGUGUCGGCCGGCAUGAUCGCCGCGGUGUCGACGCUGGGACUCAUGGACACGUUCGAUGCCGUGUACGGGUCGUCGGCGGGGAGCCUGGUCGGGGCGUACGCGAUCGCGGGGCAGGAAGGGAUGCCGCGGCUGGGUUGCAGCGUGUACUACGACACUCUCACCGGGACUGGGCGUCAUUUCAUCGACACAAGACAAAUAUUUCGUUCGAUGGGCCUCGGGCUGUUCGGCACGGUGGUGACGAGGUGGAGAGGGAUCAAGGAGCUAGUCAGACAGAAAUGGGGAUCACCGGUGCUGAACCUGAACUACUUGCUGCACGACGUGGUGGAGAAGCAGCGACCGUUAGACUGGGAGAAGUUCUGGAAGAAGCAGCCGACGCAGCCUUUGCACGUGAUUGCUAGCGGCGUGAUCUCUAAGAAGGCUGUCGUCAUGACCAGCAAGGGAGGGCACUUCGGCACGCUCAGGGAGCUCACGGAGUGCAUGCGAGCGUCCAUGCUUCUGCCGGGCAUCACCGGGCCCAUGGUCACGCUGCCCAACGUCGACGAGCCGCUGGUAGACAGCCAGCUGUACGAGCAGAUCCCGUUCCAGACCGCUCUCGACGACGGGUGCACGCACGUCUUGGUUAUGCGAUCACGGCCGGACGGCGGGAACCUGUUGGGCAAGCCGAAGAUCGUGGAGCGCCUGAUCGCCCGCAGGUUCUUCAAGCGUAAGAGCAAGGACCCGGACUCGUACGAGUUCCUCAAGACCAGCGGCCACAAGAAGCUCUACGCGGAGUCGGUGCUUACGCUCAACGAGGCAGCCGCCGCGAAGAGCGGGGACGCAGGACCGUUCCUGAUGCCCAUGUGUCUACCGGCGCCGGAGCCCGAGGUGGGCCGGUUGGAGCGAGAUCGAGCGAAAAUCUUGGAAGGGGUGCGGAAAGGGUACCACCACGCGCACUUGCUGCUGCGACGGACGGCGCCGGAGCACCCCACCGCGACCAUGGAUGGCCGGCAAGCGGCGCUCACGGCGUUUCCGGAUUCCAUUCUCUCCGAGGAGAUGGACCCUGUCGUGAGAGAGAUUCUCCAACGCUCGACGGCGGCGGCGGCGAGCAAGGAGGGGUUACGGCAGCAGCAGCAGCAGCAGCAGCAGCAGCAGCCCCUCUCGAGUUAGGACCGUGCUGCAGUAGGCAGGGCUCGUCGUUUCGGCGGGCGGCCUCCGAAUAAAUCCCGUAGAUUUUUAGUAUCUAGCAGCACACAUCAUUUAGUUUUUUCUCCCUCUCGUCUUGGCUCUCGUAUGUUUUGAAGUAGUAGUCGAAGGUGUGUUGUUUGUUUAGCAAGGGGCAAUGUUAGGUAUUUGUGGUUCUCUUGGGGUGACGUUAGCGGGGUUCAUUUUGGGCGGGGCGCUUCUGUCGCGUAGUCAGCUGUGCCUUGCUCGGACGGAAUAGGGAGAGAGGCGUGCUGCCUUGUUGGUUGCGCGCCGAAGUUUGACAUUCGCCGUGCGUCAGUUCUUGUCGUCGAGCACGCAAUUUUCACGCGUCCGUGUGUGCUGCUGAACCCGGAUGCAGCAGCGGUUAGUCAGGCAGUCGAGUCGAUUGCUUUCGUUGACCAGAAGCUAGUCCAACAACCAGCGCAAGAUGAUGGUUGAAGCGCGCCCUGCAGCGUUGGUGGUGGUGCCUCGACCCUGAAAGCUCCAAGAGGCGUCCUGCUAUUGCUGCUGCCGCUGUAGUCCAGCCAGCCUACAGCGGAUGCUUCGGCACUGUUUAGAGUGUAUUGCGUCUGCCUGGGUACGGAUGCACCUUGGGGAGGAACGCUACAAUAGGAUGCUAUGCGCGUCUGCGUGGGCUUGGGGGAACAGCGGCUCCUAGAGGGUCGGAGACGUCGGUGGUGUGUAUCGUUUUUCUUAUUUAAGUCCACGCACCGAAUUUUAUUGUUUUCGACGACUUUCUUCGAUCAAAUACUGUUAUGUGGGCCUCUAACUUUACCCCUCGUCCAACACGUCGAACGCAGCGGAGGAUUCAAGUACGAGUGCUCGCAAAUUUGUGUCGAGGAGGUGAACGUACGCUUGUGGGGGUUCCGUAGAAGGCGGUAGUUAUGGCAUGGAGCCGCGCACGAACCCCUAAACUGCAUCCAGUCUCUCGGGGAGUGAGUGCAACAAGCACGGAACAUAUGGAACAGUCGGUUGGGGUUAACCCUGCAGUGCGGCUUGUUUCACAGCAGCAGCGGGGCUGACCUCUGCGGUAAGUGCCGCACCGCAAAACUCAGCAGGAACAGCCCUUUGUUCGUAGGAAGGGGUUGUUUGUGUCAUGGUUGGUACACCGCAGUAACGUCAGCGGUGGGUAGAUAGAUGGAGCGCACGCAAAAAAAUAGAGUUUCUGAGUUGGCGUUUUUCUUGGGGGUAUUGAGUGAUGUGAUAGGACUCGCCCACGCUCCUGAAUUUUGCAUGAGUCAUUGUCGCACUCUCGAUGUGGACGACGUAGCCA